AGGCGACCGCGCCGGGGCGGAUCGAGCGGCCGGCGGCUGCUCGCGGCGUCGGGGCCCGUGGAGCGCGCGGCCGGCCCUCGGCCGCGGCCCUCGGCGGCGCCACCAUGUACUCGGGAGCCGGCCCCGUUCUUGCGUCUCCUGCUCCGUCAACAUCACCUAUCCCAGGAUAUGGCUUCAAGCCUCCACCUCGGCCGGACUUCGGCACCUCCGGGAGAACAAUCAAACUACAGGCCAAUUUCUUUGAAAUGGACAUCCCCAAAAUUGACAUCUAUCACUAUGAACUGGACAUCAAACCAGAGAAAUGCCCAAGGAGAGUGAACAGGGAAAUAGUGGAGCACAUGGUUCAGCACUUCAAGACCCAGAUCUUCGGGGACCGGAAGCCAGUGUUUGAUGGAAGGAAGAACUUGUACACUGCCAUGCCCCUUCCAAUCGGCAGGGACAAGGUGGAACUGGAGGUCACGCUGCCAGGAGAAGGCAAAGAUCGCAUCUUCAAGGUGUCCAUCAAGUGGGUGUCAUGCGUGAGCUUGCAGGCCUUACACGAUGCACUUUCGGGGAGGCUGCCCAGCGUCCCCUUUGAGACGAUCCAGGCCCUGGACGUUGUCAUGAGGCACUUGCCAUCCAUGAGGUACACCCCUGUGGGCCGCUCCUUCUUCACUGCGUCUGAAGGCUGCUCCAACCCCCUGGGUGGGGGCAGAGAAGUAUGGUUUGGCUUCCAUCAGUCCGUCCGACCUUCUCUUUGGAAGAUGAUGCUGAAUAUUGAUGUAUCAGCAACAGCAUUUUACAAGGCACAGCCGGUGAUCGAGUUCGUUUGUGAAGUUUUGGAUUUUAAAAGUAUUGAAGAACAACAAAAACCUCUGACAGACUCCCAAAGGGUAAAGUUUACCAAAGAAAUUAAAGGUCUAAAGGUAGAGAUAACGCACUGUGGUCAGAUGAAGAGGAAGUACCGUGUCUGCAAUGUGACCCGUCGGCCUGCCAGUCACCAAACGUUCCCGCUGCAGCAGGAGAGUGGGCAGACGGUGGAGUGUACGGUGGCCCAGUACUUCAAGGACAGGCACAAGCUGGUUCUGCGCUAUCCCCACCUGCCGUGCUUACAAGUUGGACAGGAGCAGAAACACACCUACCUUCCCUUGGAGGUCUGUAACAUAGUGGCUGGACAGAGAUGUAUAAAAAAAUUAACAGACAAUCAGACCUCAACCAUGAUCAGAGCAACUGCCAGGUCGGCACCCGAUCGGCAAGAGGAGAUCAGCAAAUUGAUGCGAAGUGCAAGUUUCAAUACAGACCCGUAUGUCCGUGAAUUUGGAAUCAUGGUCAAAGAUGAGAUGACGGAUGUGACAGGGCGUGUUCUGCAGCCGCCCUCCAUCCUCUACGGGGGCAGGAACAAAGCGAUCGCUACCCCUGUGCAAGGUGUGUGGGACAUGAGAAACAAGCAGUUCCACACGGGCAUCGAGAUCAAGGUGUGGGCCAUUGCCUGCUUUGCUCCCCAGCGCCAGUGCACAGAAGUUCACCUGAAGUCCUUCACAGAGCAACUGAGAAAGAUCUCAAGAGACGCCGGGAUGCCUAUCCAGGGUCAGCCCUGCUUCUGUAAAUAUGCGCAGGGGGCAGACAGUGUGGAGCCCAUGUUCCGGCAUCUGAAGAACACAUAUGCUGGCCUGCAGCUGGUGGUUGUCAUCCUGCCUGGCAAAACUCCUGUGUAUGCCGAAGUCAAGCGCGUGGGAGACACAGUGCUGGGAAUGGCCACACAGUGCGUGCAGAUGAAGAAUGUGCAGAGGACCACGCCACAGACCCUGUCCAACCUCUGCUUGAAAAUCAAUGUCAAACUGGGAGGCGUCAACAACAUCCUGCUGCCACAGGGCAGGCCUCCAGUGUUCCAGCAGCCUGUCAUCUUCCUGGGAGCUGAUGUCACCCACCCACCAGCUGGGGAUGGGAAGAAGCCUUCUAUUGCUGCUGUUGUGGGCAGCAUGGACGCACACCCCAACCGCUACUGUGCUACUGUGCGUGUACAGCAGCACCGACAGGAGAUCAUCCAGGACCUGGCUGCCAUGGUGCGGGAGCUGCUCAUUCAGUUCUACAAAUCAACACGCUUCAAGCCCACCCGCAUCAUCUUCUACAGAGACGGCGUCUCUGAGGGCCAGUUCCAGCAGGUCCUCCAUCAUGAGCUGCUGGCCAUCCGAGAGGCCUGUAUCAAGCUGGAAAAGGACUAUCAGCCAGGGAUUACAUUCAUCGUGGUGCAGAAGCGCCACCAUACACGCCUCUUCUGCACAGACAAGAAUGAGCGGGUUGGGAAGAGUGGGAACAUUCCAGCAGGUACAACCGUAGACACGAAAAUCACUCAUCCAACUGAGUUUGACUUCUACCUGUGCAGUCAUGCUGGCAUCCAGGGGACGAGCCGUCCUUCUCACUACCACGUGCUUUGGGAUGACAAUCGCUUCUCUUCUGACGAGCUGCAGAUUCUGACCUACCAGCUGUGUCACACCUAUGUGCGCUGCACGCGCUCUGUGUCCAUACCGGCGCCAGCCUACUAUGCUCACCUGGUGGCCUUCCGUGCCAGGUACCAUCUGGUGGAUAAAGAGCAUGACAGCGCUGAAGGAAGCCAUACCUCUGGGCAGAGCAAUGGGCGAGAUCACCAAGCGCUGGCCAAAGCGGUCCAGGUCCACCAGGACACACUGCGCACCAUGUACUUUGCUUGACAUGUUGUAGUGUUUAGCGAUUGUGUAUCAAGUUGGAUUCACACGAGACCAGCUACACUCAGACCAACAGAUGCCCAGCCCUUCCGUGACAGCCAGCAUCGAACAUGAGACAUCUUUGGUUUUAUUUGAUCCUCCAUUUUCCAGAAUGCCUUCCGUCCCAGAUUUCAAACUUGGAUUUUGAGCUGCAGGCCUGUAUGAGACCCCAUUGUAGGAAUCGUGGUUUGCCAAAACCUAUAAGCUGCUCACUGAAAGAGUCCCAUGUUUCCUAAAACAAAACAACAACAAAAUGUCCUAAAGCAAGUCUGUGAACUCUCAGGGCUUUAAAACAUUUUUAAUUUAUUUGGUCAUUCGAUUUACUCGUUUUUAACACCUGAUUCUCAAUGAAAUCGAUGGGCUCAAACUAGCUGUGAAGGCACCAUCACCACUGGGGUUUUAAAGCCUGACCCUAAGAAGUUGUCACUAAUGUUCAGUUCUAAGGGAUGCCACGUGCUCUGCACCCCAGGGCAGAUGGCUGCUAGGUAUCCAUGGUGUCUCUCGCCUGCCACUGCCUGCCCUCGAGGCCGAAUGAAGGCGUAGUGGCAGCAGAGAGGAUGGUCACGUGUGUUUACAGCAGUGACAGGUCCGAGAGAUUGGCAGAUAAGUGCCAUUUUGAUAAAAAUUUAUUUAAAAGAGAAAAAAAAGACAAUAUACUGACAGUCUAAUCAUAAGAUUUGUCCUGUAGGACUGUGACAUUUAUUUUCCAAAGUUUCUAAAGAAUACGGGUCUGUGGUGAUAAUACAGUACAAUCCUUUUUCACUGUUAUGUCUUUAAUGUAAGAGAAGAAUAUAUAUAUCUGGUUUGCAGUAUUAAUGUGGUAGGUAGAUGCUGUUUUCCUUUGUUGACUAUGGGGUGCUCCUUGUGAUCUGUUUCACAUAUCAGGAGCUGUUUGGAGCCUGGAGACAGGCCACCUCUUGUGGCUUUUAGUGUUUAAGUAGAGGAAUAUGCGGCUGGCUUCACAUGACAGCAACGCACCGUAUCUCCCCCCCCCCCCCCCCAUGUGGACUGUGUAGCCUGUACCUCUGGGAAGGACAGUGUGCUUGCCAGUAAUUUGCCGUCCUCCCUGCCUCAUCCAUGUGUGUCACUCAGCCAAUGAAGCACAAAUGGAACUUACUUAUUCUUCCAUUGCCGGGGAGCAAACUCUCGUGUAAGAGUGCACCUCUCUCGGUGUGCAGUUUUGGAAGGUGGGCUUCAUAGGAUCUAUGCACUGAAACGGAGAGAGACCUGCGUGGUGGCUCUGCUGGCACAGGACUGAAAGGUAGGAGCGGGGCGUCCCCGAGGAGCUGGUGGUGUGCAAGGCCAGCGGAGAAGGCACAGACGACUCUGGGUGGUGUUUGCUUCUGGGCCCGAACCCAGCUUUGCCAGCCUAGAGACCACUGACCUGAGAGGGACACUACGAGAGGCUCUAUAGGUGGCAGCAGCCACUCCAGUGUGUCUGUGUCCAGUGGGACUUUCUGGCUUGUACUGAAGCUGAGUGAGAAUCAGGCCCGCGUCCCGUCCCACCACAGUCCCUGGAGGGGACGCACCCCGCUUCUGUGCUGCUUUGUGCUCCGUGGGUUUUCUCUGCCCCUGCUGAUGGGCCCUACCCCCAGUUCUGCGUCAUUUACCUCUCACCUUGCGGUGGAGGGAGGGUGCCCACCCCUGUCCCCCACUGUGGCUGGCACCUCAUGCUAGAGGACACAAUGCCACCCCUGCCCCAUCACCCACGUGCUGGGUGGGAGGGGCAGACGCAGUGACCUGGACGUCACACCCUCAGCAGGCUGUGUAUCUGUGUGUGCAUGUGGGUGUCUUACUAAUGACAUUAGUCUCUUCUCGCUGUGUCUUUAAAAAUCUUGUAAAGUGACAAACCUCUAGUCUAAGAAGCACUGGGGUGUUCUGCUAUCCCAUUGGCAAGUGGCACUUUCUCAAACUGUUUCCAAAAGGAUAUAAAAACACUUAGCUCACCAAGCAUGGUCAGCCUGAAGAACUUGUUCAACUGGUAAACCUUUAGAAUCUGAAACUAGAUUGCUUUUAGCCAUUCUUGAAACCAUGUGUCUCAAAGGUCUGUCUUGAGCCCCUUGCCGUGGGAUCUCAGGCAUGCAAGUGAGUGUGUUGGAAUAUAGAUUCUCAGGCCGCUGCCAGCCUCUUGGAUCUGGCACUUGCAGCCAGCUGGGCAUUUGUGUUUUAGGCCACCCCCAUCCCCACCUCCAUCCCCACCCCCAUGGCUCUGGAGGCUUUCUGAAGCAGUCCCCAUGUCACCAAGGGAGCAGGAAGGAGCCCUGUCAGAUUAUCUAAGAUAAUCUGAGCAGGGAGUUUUGUUUGUUUUGUUUUAGUCAUCUUGAAGGAUAACUUUUCUUUUUGAUGGGCUAAAGGACUUUAGCUGUGGCCCAUGCUUGUGACACUUUGAGUAUGAAAAUUGUCCCCAGACCAAAUGUCCCUGAUUGAAUUCAGAUGCAUAUUGUCCACACAGCCAAUGGCAGUUUAUAAAUGGCUGGAGUUCCAAUUUCUCAGGUAAAUAAUUGUUUCCCCCCAACUUCUCCCCUCCCCUUAUUAUUAGCAUAGGUUCUGAGACAGUGUGAGACCUCAGAGUUCUGGGAGCCAGCCCUCCGUCUACACCUGCAGCAACAACUGGCCCUGGAGUAUCUCCUGAGGGAUUACCUGGCUAAGGUUGAGGACUGCCCACUUGCUAGCUGUGUUCCCAGCCCCACUGUUAAGUAAGGUGUGCCUUGCUUUAAGCAAACUGAAUGUGAUUAUGUAUCCAUUUGGAAGGGAAACUAGGAUGUGCCUGUCUCUUUAAGAGAGGCUACCCAAUCAGACUUCCAUGCUGGGACUCUUUCUAGUAUGUUGUAAGAUACACACUUUUCAAAAACCAGUCAUGAUUUCUAUCUCCUUACCACUGUGUACACCAUGUAAAAGCCUCUCCCUGUGCGGAAGAAGCAAUUCAAAGCUCUAGGGAGGCCUUGAGGCCCCAGUCUGUAGAUGAACCCUUAGUACUGCUAGCAAAACUCCAUCCAGUCACUGUGUUGCAAGCCCAGAUUGGCCUAGUCCCAUCAACCCUAAGCUGAGCACACCUGUACUUCUAGAAAGGGGCUGUCUGGGGAAGUCCUCACAUGCACGCUUGAUACUGCUUGGUCCUCUCUGCCUUCUCCAGAUUUGGCCUCUUCUCACUCCUCACACCCACCUGCUUGCUGGCCUCCAGGCCACAGGCACUGCCAGUGGGGAGGCCGCUAGCUCCCUGAUGUUUACCUGUUACUGAGCGCUGAUAGAAAGAUAGCCCCUGCAAUGGGGUUGGGCAGGGUUUUUGUUGUUGUUGUUGUAUAUUAUUUUAUUGUUUUUAAAUGCAAAUGUUGCUAUUUAUUUUUUUCUCUCCUGCUCUAAUUUGAUUAAGUUAAAUUGGCUAUCCCAAUGCAUGUGGUACCUGAUGGAUAUGGUAGAGAUUAUUUUCCCCAACUUUUAUAAAUGACCCAGUGUUUACCUUCA